GUGGUUACUCCAGGCACACAAAGAAGGAGCUCUCGCUCCUCAGCGAGCCCUCAGGAAACCGUGCAAGUUCGGGUCGCUGCUACCACAACGUUUGUCUCAGUGGAUUAUCCUCACUGUCAGGAGUUCAGCCAGAAUGAAAGUGGUUCACGUAGCCCUGCUCUAUCUCGGCUCGGUGACCUUCCUCGGGGUGGAUGCUGCAAGGGUGGACGUAGCGACAGAGUUCAAAAGAAAAUGGACGAAAUGGGCACUGAGCCGAGCCAAGCGGGACGCGAAGCCUUCGGGCGCGCUCCGAGGGCUGGGGCCAGCCGCCGCCGUGCAGCCCCUCAUACGGAGCCAGGACGUGAAGGAGGAUCCCCCGGUCUCGCAUCCCAGCCGGGAGGAUGCUCACAUCCGCGUCAAGCGCUACCGCCAGAGCAUUAGCAGCUUCCCCCACUUCGAAGCCAUCCGCACGGGGUGCCGGUUCGGGACGUGCACGGUGCAGAAGCUGGCCCACCAGAUCUACCAGCUGACCGACAAGGAUAAGGACGGCGCCGCCCCCGUCAGCAAGAUCAGCCCCCAGGGCUACGGCCGCAGGCGGCGCUCCGUGCCCGAGCCCCGCCGCCGCCGCCCGGCGCCCUCCCCCCGGGGCGGCCGGCGCCCCCGGACGCGGCCGGCGCAGCCCCUCGCCGCCGUCCUCGGGGUCUGAGCGCCGCGGCGCGCCGCGCCACCCGGCUGAGGCCGUCUCGGACGGACGGAGGGACGGACGGACGGAGGGAUCGCCGCGCCGCGGAGCCGCCCGGCGGAGCGAGCCCCCCCCGAGCCUGGGGGCGGCGGAGCGGGCGGCCCGCGCCAGGAGGCCUUGGCAUCACGGCGCGCAGGCACCGGCCCCGCUCCCCGCCCGCCGCGGCGCUGGGGCGGCCGCGCACCCCCCACCCGCCCCCGCGGCGAGGAACCGCCGGCUCCCGCGCAGCGGCACCAGGGACUUGAAGGCGCCCGGGCCGCCGCCCGCGCCCGGCUCUCCGCCACCCGCCGGCCGCCACGUCGCCCCGCUGCCCGCGCCGCUCCCGGCACCCGGCGGGGCCGGGGCCGAGCCGUCCUUGCCGGCGGGCGACGGCCGGGGCUGCCGUGCCCCGCGCCCGGCAGAGGUGGGCUGCUCGCCUGACCCGAGGAGGGGGCGCUCGGGGGGGGCCCGCGGCCUCGCCCGGCGCCCCGAGGCGCCCGCCGGUCCCGCUCAGCCUCCGCAAGGAAAGGGCCCCGCACCUGCUCUACCCUCUGCGUUAUCUGCACCCGGCAGGGAAUCGGACACUCACUAGUCCCUGCGGGGACUGCGACAUACUUGAACGUAACAGAGAGGAAAAGUGCAAUUGUACGUGGUUUUUGUUAAUUAUAAGUGCGGUGUGUGUGGCUCAUGAGAUACGUAUCGAUAUUUAAGAUUGUCCUGUGUCGUGUCCUAUUUGUAUCUUUUUUGGGAAAAAAUAUAUUUUAUUUUUAUACUUUUUUAUAUAUAAAUAUAUAUAUAUUGCAUAAGGGCAUUUUAAGACAUUGUAUCCCCUCUAUUUUUCAUAUCGUGAAUGUCAAAUGCUGUUAAACUCUUUCCAUACCUUUUUUAAUCUUGCAUUCCAGACUGGUGAAAGAUGUAGAGAAUGUAUCAGCUGUUCUCCAUGGGUAAUAUGUGAAAUAAAAUAAACACUAUUACAUAAAACA